AUGGAUCAGCCAACGAACACGCAGACACCGCAUCAACACGAACCCAUCAGCUUCGGGAUUGAUCAGAUUUUAAAUAGUUCUGAUCAGGAGACCCCUUCCCAGCCCGCCCCCCGAGGAUCAGACGGCGGCGGCACCAAUUACCUGGGCAGCCCCGUGAGCAGCAGAAGCAGCGCCCCGUACCCUUCCCUCCCCGGCGCCUUUGCUGGCAUCGGGGCUCCCUUCGAAGACUCUGGAUCUUACAGUGUGAACCUCAGCUUGGCUCCAUCUGGCGUGAUCCGGGUGCCAGCGCACAGACCCAUCCCUGGGGCAGUGCCACCUCCAAUUUCUAGCGCCAUUCCAGCCAUGCCAGCUGUACCCAGCCUUGGCAGCCUCAACUUCCCUUGGAUGGAGAGUAGCAGGCGGUUCGUCAAAGACAGAUUCACAGCGGCGGCGGCGCUCACGCCCUUCACGGUGACGCGGAGGAUCGGGCAUCCCUACCAGAACCGCACUCCGCCCAAGCGCAAGAAGCCGCGCACCUCCUUCUCGCGGGUGCAGAUCUGCGAGCUGGAAAAGCGUUUCCACCGGCAGAAGUACCUGGCCUCGGCCGAGAGGGCGGCGCUCGCCAAGUCGCUCAAGAUGACCGACGCCCAAGUCAAGACCUGGUUUCAGAACCGCAGGACCAAGUGGCGGAGGCAGACGGCGGAGGAGCGGGAAGCCGAGCGGCAACAGGCGAGCCGGCUGAUGUUGCAGCUCCAGCACGACGCCUUCCAGAAGUCGCUCAACGAGUCGAUCCAGCCCGACCCGCUUUGCCUGCACAACUCCUCGCUCUUCGCGCUCCAGAACCUCCAGCCUUGGGAAGACGAGAGCGCCAAGAUCCCCCCCGUCACUUCCUUGGUGUAAAGAGGGUCGUCCGGGCGGAUGGGCCCCCCGGGGAGGAGAGACAGGCGGUCCGGCCUGCGCCUCUCCCUGCAUGGCCCGAACCGCAACGGAACGUGUGAACGGGGGCGCCUCGAGGGAGGCCACAAGCCACGCCACGUCUCACACACGCGCGUCGUCUCGCUGCCCGGCCGGGCUCGGACCUGGGCAGAGCCGUCCCAGACGCGGUCGCCUGCCAGGAUUGCCGGGCGUGAGGCGCUUCUCUCGGCCCGGGGCCUCCGCCCUCCGGCACUUUGGACGGAGCUCGGCCGCUGCGCUCCUUCCAGCUCCAGACUUCCCCGACGGCCAGAACGAACUUCUCCAAGGUUGGUGAAGGAAGGGAGCCGAGAGCGCCGCUUUACGCCCGACACCCCCCCCGUCGAGAAACUACUUGGCCGUCGGAUCUUUGCCCCGGGCUGGGGAGGAGGCUUUGGGCUGCUCGAGAACAGGAAAGCGGAGACGCCUCGCUUCUUCUCUUCCUCCAGUUUGCUGGGGACAGGAAGUUAAAUGUGUGUGUGGGGGAGACUUCCCUGCGAAGGAUUUUGCGGGUGCCCCCGCCUCGCCUCGCCUGCCAGUCCUGUCGCUUAUGGUCCGUUCGGGGGGAAAACUAAGAAGGAAUAGAGAGUCACCUUUUUAAAAUUAUUGUUAUUAUUAUUUGUAAGAAAUGUUAAUAGUUUAAUUUAUUUAUCCACCAAGAUGCCCGAGCACUGUUAAUAUGGAGGCAGGGGGAGAGAAAGGCUGGAUCUUGGUUAUUUAUAUGGAGGCCAGAACAAACAGGAAAAGGAAGUGUGUGUGCGUGAGUGCUCUGUAUAUGUGUAUGCGCGUGCGUGCGUGCGUGCGUGCGUGGGGCACUUUUUGGCCAAGGCUGGCCUUUACCUUGGAUGGUCAAUCAUCUUGACUAUCCUGCCCUCUGGAAAUCAUUCUGCAAAGGAAUAUAUAUAUAUAUAUAUAUAUAUAUUACAUUAAGGACAACCUA